UUGGCGUUUAAGCAAAGCAACAAUGUCUACAAGACUAAUUUCUCCGUGUCUCAAUUCUCUAGGUCGCUGCAGAUUGCCAAUUGCAGGGCUAAGAAGAUGGCCAGCAGCUUCUUGCAGAGCAAGUCUUACAGCACACAAACCAUCAAUAGUGUCUCGUCGUAACGAGCGCUGCUAUACUACAACCGGCGAGAGCGGUACCAACGUGACUGGACUACCAAAGGAGGCUUCAGUCGGUACCAAGAGAUUUUCUGACUUUGAUCUUGCCGGCAAUGCAUUUGUCGUUACAGGAGGUGCUCGAGGCUUAGGCUUGGCCCUGGCAGAGGCACUUGUUGAAGCAGGCGGCAAAGUUUACUGCCUUGAUCGACUACCAGAGCCCGAUCAAGAAUGGCAAAGAGCUCAGCAGCGCGUCGUUCCUGAAUGGGGUGGCACGUUGGAGUAUAAACAACUGGAUGUGAACAAUACGACUGAACUCAACAAACUCAUGGAAGAGAUUGCUUCUGAGAAUGGGGGGAUACAAGGCGUCAUUGCUGCUGCCGGUAUACAGCAGCUUACCCCCGCCAUAGACUACACGGAAGAAGACGUAAACAAAAUGAUACAAACGAACUAUACAGCAGCAUUUAUGACUGCGCAGGCAGCGGCCAAGAUGAUGCUCAAGUAUAAAAGCCGCGGAAGCAUCUGCCUUGUGGCCAGCAUGUCUGGUUCUGUGGCAAACAAGGGCCUGCUGUCCUCGGCCUACAAUUCCUCAAAGGCAGCGCUGAUACAGUUGGCGCGAAAUCUUGCCAUGGAAUGGAGCUCCGUCAAAGAGAACGGCGAGGGCGGUAUCCGCGUCAACUGCCUGAGCCCGGGACACAUCGUUACGCCAAUGGUUCUUAAAAACUUUGAAGAGGUGCCGGGCUUGAGACAGACAUGGAGCCAAGAGAACAUGAUGGGGCGGCUGGCGGAAACGAGCGAGUUCAAGGGUGCUGGAUUAUUCCUCAUGAGCAAUGCCAGCACGUUUAUGACUGGAAGCAACCUAGUUAUCGACGGCGGGCAUACAGCCUGGUGAAGAGCAGGAUGGAAAUACCCAUGGCGUCGGAGUCGUUAGAAUAGAGGAGUUCGAAUUCAUAGAGAAUGCUUUGGAAAAUUUCAUGGGAGC